UCUCUCUCUCUCUCUGCGCUUCUUAAAUGUGAGCUCCAUACGAGGCCAUGACACUUGCACAUUGCGGUGAGUGCAUUAAUCAUGUCCAUCGUUCCCCAAGCCAAUUUUUUUAACUUCACUCCCUCCUUCACCCAAGAGAGAACCCACUUCACAUGGCUUUCUUCUGAUGUACGGCCGUAAGCGUCUCUGCCCUUUCUCUCUCCCUUUCUCCAUCUCUUUCUGCCUGUCGAGCGAAUGAGGCAUGAUUGCGAGUGGACUGGUCGACCAUCAUCGUCAUCAUGAAGGAGAGGAAGACCGCUUCGCCAUGUUGGACGAUUCCUGUCUCGUUCUCGCCCUCGUCGGUCGCCUCGCCCCGCGCGCCCGCGGCCUCAGCAUGGACGGCGUGCUCCUGCAGUCCUUCAAGUACUCCAUCAGCAGCGACCCGCUGGACGCGCUCGCCACCUGGAACUACGGCGACGACACGCCGUGCUCGUGGGCCGGCGUCACGUGCGGCGGCGCCGCCGGUGACGAUACGACCGCCUCCCGCGUCGUCGGGCUCUCCCUCCGGGGCUCGCGGCUCGCCGGGUCGAUCCCCUCCGACAUGGGCAUGCUCAGGUACCUGCGCACCCUUGACCUGUCCAACAACUCCCUCAACGGCACCCUCCCGGACACCCUCUUCGGCGCCGCCGAGCUCCGCGUCCUGGAUCUCUCCGACAACCGGGUCGAGGGCCCGAUCCCGCCGGCCGUCGGGAUGCUCGGGAACCUCCAGCAGCUCAACCUCUCCAACAACGCCCUGACGGGAAGCCUGCCGGCCAACCUCACCGCGCUCCCGAACCUGACCGUCGUGUCGCUCAAGAACAAUUACCUCACGGGGUACCUCCCCGGCGGGUUCCACCGCGUGGAGGUCCUCGAUCUGUCGUCGAACCUGAUCAACGGGUCGCUGCCGGAGGAUUUCGGCGGCGAGGGCCUCCAGUACCUGAAUGUGUCCCACAACCAGCUCUCCGGGGAGAUCCCCGGGGGCUUCGCCGCGAGGAUCCCGGGCAACGCCUCCCUCGACUUCUCCUCCAAUGAGCUCACCGGCGAGAUUCCGGAGUCUGAAGUGUUGAUGAACCAGGACGAGCUGUCGUUCGGCGGGAACCCGGACCUCUGUGGGAUCCCGACGACGAACCCGUGCCCGAUCCCUUCUUCCCCGUCGUUCUCGCCGUCAAACGCGUCGGCUCCGACCUCGCCUCCAGCGUUCGCGGCUUUCCCGAAGACGGUCGACUCAACCCCUGAGACGACGAACGCGACGGCGGGCAAGUCCAAUAGGCAAACGGGGCUUCGGCCGGUGGCCAUAGUCGGCAUUGUGGUCGGUGACAUCGCGGGCAUUGCCAUAGUGGCCGCGAUCUUCGUGUGCGUCCGCCGGAUCAAGAAGAGGAAGAAGAGCCUCGCCGCGGCGCCGGCCAAGAGGGAACCCAGCGCGACGGCAGGGGACGCGUGGUCGUCCACCUCCUCGGAGUCGCGCGGCUUCACGCGGUGGUCGUGCCUGCGGAAGCGAGGCGACAACGACGGCGAGAGCUCGGAGACCAACGCCUCCGACACCGACGACAACGACGACGCGAAGAGCUUCGACAACGCCCACCGGCCCGAGAAGCAGGAGCCCUACAAGCAAGGGAUGCUCGUGACCAUCGACAACGGCGGCGGCGGCGGGGACAAGAUGGCGGCGCUCGAGCUGGAGACGCUGCUGAAGGCGUCGGCGUACAUACUAGGGGCGACGGGGUCGAGCAUAAUGUACAAGGCGGUGCUGGAGGACGGGACGACGCUGGCGGUCCGGCGGAUCGGCGAGAGCGGCGUGGAGCGGUUCAAGGACUUCGAGGCGCAGGUCCGGGCCGUGGCCAAGCUGGUCCACCCGAACCUGGUCCGGGUCCGCGGCUUCUACUGGGGCGCUGACGAGAAGCUCAUCAUCUACGAUUUCGUCCCCAACGGCAGCCUCGCCAACGCACGUUACAGGAAAGUAGGCUCGUCCCCUUGCCACCUGCCGUGGGAGGCACGGCUCCGGAUCGCGAAAGGGGUGGCCCGCGGGCUCGCGUACCUCCACGAGAAGAAGCACGUCCAUGGCAACCUGAAGCCCAGCAACAUCCUGCUGGGCGGUGACAUGGAGCCCAAGAUUGGCGACUUCGGGCUCGAGCGCCUUGUCACCGGCGACACGAGCUACAAGGCCGGGGGCUCCGCCCGGAACUUCGGGAGCAAGCGGUCGACCGCCUCGCGCGACAGCCUCCAGGACCUCGGGCCGGGCCCCAGCCCCAGCCCCAGCCCGAGCUCGAUCGGGGGGAUCUCCCCGUACCACGCACCCGAGUCGCUGCGGAGCCUCAAGCCGAGCCCAAAGUGGGACGUGUUCUCGUUCGGGGUCAUCCUGCUCGAGCUGCUGUCGGGGAAGGUGGUGGCAGUGGACGAGUUGGGCCAGGCCAAUGGGGUCGUGGUGGAUGACCAGGCCCGGGCCAUGAGGAUGGCCGAUGUGACGAUCCGGGGCGACCUGGAGGGCAAGGAGGAGGCCCUGCUGGCCUGCUUCCGGCUGGGGCUCAGCUGCGCGUCUCCCCUGGCCCAGAAGAGACCCUCGAUGAAGGAGGCCCUGCACGUUCUUGAAAAAAUCCCGUUUUCGUCAACGUCUAUGCACUAUUAUGGUCACUUGUUAUGAAAAAGGUCAACGUUGUUGUAGAGGGCGAUGUAUCUAAUCUUGUCAUUGACUGACAAAUUUGUCAAAUUUGUUGUGGUUGGAGCAUGAAAUAGAGAGUUAGAUAGAGAUUUUUCGUUCGCUAUGGGACAGGGACAAUAA